AUGGAUUUUGGAAGGAAAAAGACUCAAAAGUACACUUUCAAGAGUCAUAAGUUAGAAUACCUAAGGAGAUUGGGAUCUUUGGUUGUUGACACAGAGGCUUUCAGCAAAAGAUAUGGACAUUUUCUCUCUCUUUUGAAGAUCAACAUGGCAGAUGGACUGCUUUCUACUUUGAUUAAGUUUUAUGAUCCCGUGUAUCACUGUUUCACUUUCCCCGUUUAUCAGCUUAUGCCAACACUUGAAGAAUACUCUCAUUUGAUUGGUGUUCCUAUUUCUAGUCAAGUUCCAUUUUCUGGUUUGGAGGAAGAUCCCAAAGAUCGAGACAUUGCAAAGGCUACUCACUUGAAAAUGUCAGAGAUCAGGGAUCACAUGACCACAAAAGGAAAAAUGCUUGGUUUGCCAACUAAGUUUCUAAUGAACAAAGCUCAGUAUUUUGCUAGAAUGAGGAGUGUGGAUGCGUUUGAGGCUAUUUUUUCUCUACUUAUCUAUGGAUUGUUCCUAUUUCCUAGAUUUGAUGACUUCGUUUCCAUGGAUGCCAUCAAGAUCUUCUUAAUAGGAAAUCCAGUUCCUACUUUGCUUGUUGAUGCCUAUCAUUCUAUUCAUAUGAGGAAUUCUUACAGCGGAGGAAUGAUUACAUGUUGUGUGCCUAUGUUGUACAAGUAG